AUGCCGGUGGACGCACUCGUGGAGUCGGUCACCACCUAUCGAAGCCGACCUCUUUGGGCUCAUUUGUAUGCGGCUCCAUUUGGAGUGCUCUACGCAAGUUGGUUCUACGUGUGGCUGACGCUAUACGGUGCUGAUGAGUACUACGAGCUCGGUUUCAUUGGCGCAGCAAUCAUCUGCCUCAUACAAGCGCUGAUUAUUCUGUUUUGCCAUUGGUUCGUUAGUGUCAAGUGUGCACUUAGCUGCAUAAAG